AAAAGCAAAGAUCUAUAAAUAUAUAAUACCUAAAUACUGUUGUUUUUAAAUCUCUAUAUUAUAACGUCUGACAUGAUUGAGUUGUCAGUGAACAAAGGGCCAGAAACUUGUCAAAAAUUAGUCACCAAACAACAAGCAAGUUUUAUUUUUCAUACCAUAUAUAUAGAAUAUGUCGUACAAUAAUAUGGUUCUCGUCGGUAAUUGGAGCGAAGAAAGAUUAAAAAACGAAUAUGACUUCAAGAUUUUUUUGCGUAAAAGGGAAAGAAAAGAGCUAUUGUUGCAAAGGUCAAGGACAUUGUUUAGUAAUUUACUAAAAGAGAGACCUCUGGCUAUAAGUGGGACUUUUGCUCUCUUUGGGUAUAAUGUUCAGCUGGUUGCGUCUGAUAUGCCAGCUAAAACAUGUGGAGGUAAACCUCAAUAUGGCCUGGCGCUUUCUAGUCUUGUGAAGGAGAGGCAAGUUGACUUCAUGCAAAAUAUUAAUGACGGCUGUCUCAUGACCCUAUCGGCAAUCACGACGCCAUGUUGCAGAAACACAUUUGUUAUCUUAAGCGUCAAGGAUGAAAGCUUGCGAGGAGAAAAGAUAAAUUAUGGCGAUGAGUUUCUUUUAAGAGCUGAAAAUUAUGGUGAACCCGAGGCAGCCCCGUUAUACGUUCGUUACACAACGGAGGCAGUGCCCGGGCCGGCGGAUAGGAUGCCAAUUCGACUGAGUUCUACAAAGGAUUCCAAUUGUCGAUGGACUACGAUGCCAUUGCUAGCAAAAGACCGACUAGAAGGGCUUGGCAGUCCCAUUAAGACGGGAGCAAAACUCAUAGUUAAGAAUUGUGUGGCUGACAAAAGUUUGUGUGUGAUGAAUCAGAGUUGGAUGCAAACCUUUUUCGGUCCGUAUAAACUUAACAAGUUUCUUGAGCAAAUGAAAUCGGGAAAUUUAAUGUUAGCUCGAUUCCGUAAAAUGACUGAAAACCUUAACAAACCAACUGUAUUGACUCAGUCGUCGGGGAGUAUCGAAUUUGGUGCGAAAAUAGCCCUCCUCGCUCCCCAUGUGCCAGCUUCAGAUCCUCCCGCUGAAGAUAAAAAAGGUUUAUUAUUAGGCGGUCGUAUAUCAUCCAACGAAAUCAAUUAUUCACAAGAAUUAGAAGAUGGAUGCGCAGUGAUUGGCUUAUCAGAACUUGAGCCGAUGGAACGAAAUACAUUUAUUAUAAUGAGCGCAGAUUAUUGUAAUAGAGAAGGUGAACAACUGAAGUAUAAUCAAGAGUUUCUUCUAGCAAUUAACUCUUCCGUUGAAAAGAAAAAGCCUUUGUACCUCAGAUACGACCCUAACCCGAUCCCAGGGUUGUGUGGUUUGUACCCUCUGUAUUUGAGCAAGCAUUACGUAUCGAACACUAGAUGGCGCAUCUUGCCCGUUCAGAGUCCCUACAUAACUCGCUUUGAACAAGAAGGAAAACCUGUUAUGGUUAAUCAAGACAUUAUAGUAAAUCACUGUGCCACAAAUGUUAAUUUGGGUAUAAAUGUCGGUUGCUGGGUGAUGGGGUUUUAUGGAAAGGUUUGUACGCCAAUUAUGAAAACAAGCUUGGAUGUCUACGGGAAGGAGUUACCCAAUAAUAUUUGGCAAAUUUAUAUUCCUAUCGCUAGCUAAAUCUUGGUUGUUUCUGUUUUAUAAACAUUUAGUUCGGAGCACUAAUUUGUUCUGAAUAAAUAUUUUUAAUCUGGAACGUUCUUAUCAAUAUUACAGACAAUGGUAGACUAAGACUUGUUAUAGUCUCAUUUAUUAUACGCCACAAUAUCUAAAGAUUCCCAACUUUUACGUUAUCUUGGCGAAUAUGAAUAAACCAUGUGCUUCGUUAUAAGAUCUGAAAACAUCAUGAAUCACAAAUCAAUCCCUUAGUCUAAUGAGAAGUCUGAAUACUUGUUUAUAUAUAAUAAUCUUAUUCACAAUAAUUGAUUUUCACCGAUUACCGGACAUUGCUGAUUUCUAUUAUAAUCUAAAAGGCGUUAAAAACUUGUGAUUUUGGAAGUCGAACAUCCACUUCGGAUUUUUUACCCUUAAGCAAAAGGGAUAAGUAAAAAGUUAAUGAAAUAGUUUAAAAAUGUUUUGUCAUUUAUUUCCUAUAUAAAAUGAAAGAUCGGACAUUAAACCUAUUGGUAUUGUAUUAAAAGUUACUGUUUGGUUUCUAAUUAAAUUGUAUUUAUUUCGAGCACUAUGACAAAAAAACUUUGUUGC